CAGACACAGACAGACACAGACAGUGUAUGUUUUAGCCUUUAGCCUUCUGGUGGCUAUUAUAAACAAUGUUGAAACAUAUCCAUGUGACAUAACGUAUCUUGUACAAUCAUGCAAAGAGCAGUGGGUAAACUAAAUAACCGCUUUACCCAUUCACUGACAUAAACUAAAUCAUGCCAAAGAAGUUUGUGUUUUUGCUUUUCACAAUUAACUAGAAAAAAAAACUAAAAUAUUUUUGCAUCAAUAAAAUAUUAUUAAAAUAUAAAAUAUAUUAUUGCAUAUUUAAAAAGACGUUUGGAUAGUCUACUAAACUGCUGUAGGGGAAAUGAUAUUUUGAAAUUGUUUAUUUGAAUCAGCAUAUUUAAAUGUAAAUUUUAAAUACCACGAACAACAAUAAUGAUUUUACUUAUGCACAGACUCUUUGAAUGAGAAAUGGGAUAUUAGACGAAAUUCGGUUUUAUAACUUUACAAGCAAAUAAAUAUUAUUAAAACUACUAGGCCUACGUAAAAAAAUUAAGAAGGAUCUUAAAGUAAGGAAAAGACGUAAGUAUUUUCCCCUGAAAUGACUCUAUUCUUAAAAUUAGAAAGCUCUCAAUUAUGGGUUUUAAGCUACUCAUAUAUUUCACAUUUCUUUUGUCGAGCAUCUUUUUUGCAUUAACACUCCUAAAACCAGCUUCAGCCUCAAGGAGUCGCUGGUGACCGUGACAUUGAAAGCUCACAUCUCAUUAGCAGCUCCCCACCUUCUCUGCUGCAUAAUCACUAAGAGGUGGAGUGUAAAGCAAGCUAACACUAGAGACAAUAGUCGAAAGGAAGUAUCUGGAUCGGCACACGACCCGUCUAUAUGGAUUAAGAAUAGCACGUCAUUUAAUAGUCGAUGAGAAUGAUACCGUGUAAACACCACGAAGCCAUGAGGUUUCUAUCUGGCGGACCAUCUGCGUGGAUUAGGGCGCUGCCGCUGCUGCUGUUUUGUUUAUCGGGUUUGUCUCACGGUCAGAUUUCUUACUCCAUCUCGGAGGAGGUGAAGAAAGGAACCGUGGUUGGAAAUAUAGCCAAGGACCUCAGCAUUGACGUUCAGGAGCUGCAAUCACGCGGGUUUCAGCUUGUGGCUGGAUCAAAUAAGAAUCAUUUUGAUUUAAAUCCUAAAACUGGCGCUCUGGUUGUCCACGACAGAAUCGACAGAGAGGAGCUGUGUGAGAGCAAGCAGAAAUGCUCCCUUAACAUUGAGCUAAUGGCACAAAAUCCUGUAAAGCUUUACCGCGUUGAGGUAAGCAUUACAGACAUUAACGACAACUCGCCGAAGUUUCCACUGCAAAAGCUAGUGAAGAAUAUCACGGAGAACGUUAUAACUGGAGAUCGGUUUGCACUGUCUGCGGCCCGUGACAUAGAUGUCGGUAUAAACGCAGUGAAAAGCUACACUCUGAGCCCCAAUGAACAUUUUUCUCUGGAGGUUCAAACCUACGGACAGCAGAGUCUUUCUCCGGAAUUAGUGUUGCAAAAACCUUUAGACAGAGAGAAGCAGUCUGUGAUUAAUCUCAUACUGACUGCUGUAGAUGGGGGAAAACCUCCAAGAUCCGGGACACUUGAAAUAAAAAUUUAUGUUUUGGAUAUAAAUGAUAAUAAUCCCAUAUUUAGUAAACCUCUGUAUAAAGUUAAGACACAAGAAAAUGCGUCUUUCGGAACGAACAUUUUGACUGUCACUGCAACCGACUCUGAUGAAGGUGUAAACGGAGAAAUUAUUUAUUCACUUGUAGGUCAAAACGAAAAUUCAGCAUCGGAUUUAUUUUCUAUAAAUAACAUAACAGGAGAGAUACAAGUUAAAGGAAAUAUUGAUUACGAAGAAACCCCUGCGAUUGAAUUGAGAAUACAAGCGCAGGACAAAAGCGUCUCACCAAGACACACUAACUGUAAAGUGUUAAUUGAAGUAGUGGAUGUGAAUGACAAUACACCAGAGAUAUCAGUCACUCUUCUCAUGAGCUCUGUAAGCGAAGACAUCAAACCUGGUACAGAUGUUGCAUUAAUCACUGUAUCAGAUAAAGACAGUGGAGCGAAUGGUAAAGUAGAUUGUAAAAUUCUAGCACCGAGUCCUUUUAAAUUACAGUCAUCAUACAAGAACUAUUAUUCUCUUGUUGUGAAUGAAGCUCUGGACAGAGAGCGGGUCUCCCAGUAUGAUGUCAUAGUUCUAGCUAAUGAUGAGGGAACUCCUUCCCUCUCGAGCAGUAACGUUAUAACAGUUCAUGUCUCUGAUGUGAAUGAUAACGCGCCUUUAUUUUCUGCACCAGUGAUAAAUAUAAGCGUGAAAGAGAAUAGUCCAGUUGGAGGGCUGAUGGCAUCACUAACGGCACGAGACUUAGACAUCGGUGAAAAUGCCCUAGUUUCGUAUUCUUUAAUUAAUGCAGAGGGCAGCAGAGUGUCAAAUCUGAUGAACAUUAACUCACACACCGGUGAACUGUACAGCCUGAAGUCUUUCGAUUAUGAAGAAACCAAACGACUUCAGUUUAAAGUUCAGGCCACUGACUCUGGUGUCCCUCCACUAAGUAGUAACGUGACUGUGAACAUUUUUAUCCUGGAUGAGAAUGACAACAGUCCAGUUUUUCUCCCUCCUUAUUCUGAACCUGGAUCAGUAAACACUGAGAACAUUCCCUACUCUGCAGAAGCGGGGUAUUUUGUGGCUAAAGUCAGAGCUGUAGACGCUGAUUCAGGUUAUAAUGCACUAUUAUCUUAUCACAUGACCGAACCAAAGGGAACGAAUCUUUUCCGAAUCGGAACCAGCACAGGAGAAAUAAGGACUAAAAGACGAAUGAGUGACAAUGACUUAAAAGCUCAUCCGCUUAUCAUUACUGUCUCGGAUAAUGGAGAACCUUCACUGUCCACAACUAUGAGUAUUGAAGUUGUGGUUGUGGAAAAUAUGGACAGCGUGCAGCCUUCACUAAGACAAGUGCCCGUAAAGGAGGAGAAUUUUUCUAAUCUGAAUCUCUAUCUGCUCAUCGCUAUCGUCUCAGUGUCAGUGAUCUUUUUACUGAGCCUCCUCGCUUUAAUAGCAGCUAAAUGCUACGGGACAGACGGCGGAUUCAGCAGCUCCAGCGCUCCGGUGGUCACUACACACCCUGACGGGAGCUGGUCUUACUCUAAAUCCACUCAGCAGUAUGAUGUGUGUUUUAGCUCAGACACACUGAAGAGUGACGUAGUGGUUUUCCCCUCACCGUUUCCGCCUGCAGACGCAGAGCUGAUCAGCAUUAAUGGAGGAGACACUUUUACUCAAAAUCAAACUCUUCCCAGCACUGGGAAGGUAAGACCAUGCUUAUUUUAGCCUCUUUCUAUUUUUUUAGAGAGCUUAUAGUUUAUUGUAAACUCUGUUCCCAUGCUGUUUUGUGUGUCAUUACAUGGUUGUGGGUUUGAAGUACACAAACAUUUCCAAUUCAACUUCUAACUCGGGUAAUUCCAUUUCCCAUUGCUUGACAUGUUUCCGAAUUUCUCCAACGUAGAUGAAGGGUUCUGUCUAGUCUUCUGCAGUAAAUAUCUACAAGGUCUAUAUCCAUAACCUUGUUUUUCUGGAUCACUAUGGUAGUUCUCAUAUAUUUAUUUUGACAGGUUCCCUUUUUUGU